AAGAAGAGGAGGAGAUGGUGAGCUGGGCCAGUGUGAGGAUGCAAGGAGACAACAGGAAGCAGCAGUUUGCAGCUCAGGAGGAACCAGAGGUGUUCGGACACCUUCUGAAGAGACCGAUGGAGACGUUUUUUGACAGCCACCAUCCGGCCCUAAAGUCGCCCAUCCUGGUCUCCGGACCGCGAUGCGCUGCCGAGGACACCUUCAGCCGCCACUUUGAAAGCAUCAUGGAGUCUCACCGGGCCAAAGGCACGUCCUACAACAGCCUGGACAGCGAGGAGCUGCUGACCUCCAGCACCCAGACUGUGCUGACCUUUGACCUGCCCACGCUGACCCCCGCCAUCCACGCACCGGUCUGCCAGAGUGCCAGGCAGAUAGUGCAGCUCAGCUUCGCCCCACUGGCUCACGACGAGAGGCCCAGCAUCUCUGACUCCAUCUUCACCGUGACGGGGGACUCGGACGCCACCAGAGCGCCGUCCAGCGAGCGGCUGAGCAGCGGCUCGGACGACACGCCACCGCGAGGACGAGGAGUGUGUUCACAGCUGGGCAGCAGCUGGUACAGCAACCCGUCCUUCUCACUACCGAGCAGGGACAAGGCCCGCCUGGCGACAGACUCCGAGCUGGACCAGGACCUCAGUGAGCGGCUGGGCCUGGGCAGCAGCGAGACGCUCACCAAUGGCAGCCACCGCGCCGACAUGGCGGCCGCCAGACGUUUGGCCAAACGUCUCUUCAACCUGGACGGCUUCAGGAAGUCUGACGUGGCGCGUCACCUCAGCAAGAAUAAUGACUUCAGUCGUAUGGUAGCAGAAGAGUAUCUGAGUUUCUUCAACUUCACCGGCCUCGCUCUGGACCAGGCGCUGCGGACAUUCCUGCGGCAGUUUGCUCUGAUGGGAGAGACUCAGGAGAGGGAGCGGGUGCUGUCACACUUCUCCAAGCGUUACUUGGACUGCAACCCAAAAGUCAUGCCGUCAGAGGAUGCAGUUCACACCCUCACCUGUGCCCUUAUGCUGCUGAACACAGACCUGCAUGGCCAAAACAUCGGUAAGAGGAUGUCGUGCACGCAGUUCGUCGGCAACCUGGAAGGACUGAACGACGGCCAAGACUUUCACAAGGAUCUGCUCAAAGCGCUCUACAACUCAAUCAAGAACCAGAAGCUGCAGUGGACGCUUGACGAGGAAGAGCUGCGGAAGUCGUUCUCUGAGCUCGGGGACAGCCUGUGUGAGUCCACCGCCUCACGCUCGCUGAAGGGGGAGGGCAGCGGAGAGAAGCCCCUCGCCGACGAGACGCAACCCACCGGCUCGCUGCUCUACAAGAACGGCUUCCUCGUCAGGAAAGUCCACGCCGACUCGGACGGGAAGAGAACACCGAGAGGGAAGCGAGGCUGGAAAACCUUUUACGUCAUCCUGAAAGGGCUGAUUCUCUACCUGCAGAAGGGGGAGUACAGGCCUGAUAAACAGCUAUCAGAGGAGGACCUGAAGAACGCCGUUUCCAUCCACCACUCGCUCGCCAUGAAGGCGUCAGACUACAGCAAGAGGCCCAACGUCUUCUACCUGCGCACCGCCGACUGGAGGGUCUAUCUCUUCCAGGCACCGAACGCCGAGCAGAUGCAGUCCUGGAUCACGCGGAUCAACACGGUGGCCGCCAUGUUCUCCGCUCCUCCGUUCCCAGCAGCCAUCGGCUCGCAGAAGAAGUUCAGCCGGCCGCUGCUGCCGGGGACCAUGUCCAAGCUGCCCGAGGAGGAGCAGAUCAGGUCCCACGAGUCUCGGUUCAGGUCUCUCUCCACUGAGCUGGCUGAGUUGCGCUCCUACCCUCCCGACCGUAAGGUCAAAGGUCGCGAGCUGGAGGAGUACCGGCAGCGAGACGAGUAUCUGGAGUUUGAGAAAACUCGCUACGGGACCUACGUCAUGCUCCUGAGAGCUAAGAUCCGGAGCGGCGAGGAGGACCUGUCCGUGUUCGAGUCCCAGCUGCUGGAGGACAACGGGCUGCAGCGGGCGCACUCCAGCCCCACGCUGCAGGACAGCAGCCAGGCCAGCCAGAUCAGCCAGACCAGCAGCACCACCCGGGACGGAGGCAACAGCAGCAAGGCCAGCGGCUGCAGCGGCAGCAAGCCGCGGCAGGAGGGCCAGAGACACAGCUACCGGCAGGCCGUCAAGAAGUGAGACGGGGCGGGGGCGCCGGGAGCGGCACAGCGUUGCACUGCCAGCGGCAGGCUGUCUCCCUGCAGAGGUUUUUAUUUGAGAUCCAGGAGGGUUUGGAGCUCUGCUUGAAGGGGGAGCAGGAGUGAGGGGGAACCCCCCCACGCCCUUCCCCCCAAACCACGACGCCCUACCCGGCACCCCAAUCUCCUCAUUGAACGGAGGAGGUGCAGAUCCUGUGAGAGACGCCGGCGAGGACGUUGGUGGCGACUGGAGGUCACAGAUCUGCAGGAGGAGGUGUCUGUGGGUGCAGCAGCCUGCAGCGAGGUGGAGAGAAGAGCAAUAGGGACGAACAUCCAGCAUCUUAUCUUUUCUCCCCUUUUCUUCUUUCAAGGCACCUCUCCGGACUCGUUCUCACACCUUUUUCUUUUUCUUAAGACUCUCACUCAGUUUUUUGGGACCAAACAUUUUCACAUGUUAAGCUGACUGAUGACGACUUGAUUUCAGUUGGAUUUGCUACCGACCGACCUGCGCUGUAACAGUCUCAGUCUUCAUGGAGCCAUUUUACAUUCCAGCUCCUUGUUUUUUUUCCGCCGUGGUGCGUUCACAUUCCACACAGGAGCGAGACAUUACAGCUUUUCAGCUCCUACUUCACUGAAGGUGGUAUCAAGUCUGUGCACAACACGUCGUGCUGAGCGGCUGCAGGACACGAUGAGACGAGCAGCUUCUUCUUCUCUGGCGUCUGAUCGAGGCGUCAGUUGAACUUCUCCUGAUAUGCAGCAACUGCAUCUCAUCCAGAGCUCUUUUCUUUUCUUUCUUUUUCUUUUUGUUGCUCUACUUGAACAGGAGAUAUCUUUGCUUUUGGCUUCUGUCCCGUGGUGUGCUUCUGUUCUCUUUCUAUUUCUCGGCCGAAUGUUGUUUUUCUCCAGUGAUCCGCAUGCCUGCAUCCAGCACUGCUUCUUUUAGGCCUUUUACUACUUUGAGGGCAAAUCUGAGAGCGGCUAACGUUGCUUUCUGGGGUCGUUAUUCUCCUCAUGCCGGUGCCAUCCCCGACACGUGUAACCUGCGUCUGUACCUAUAGCCUCUCAUUUAUAAAACCCUAUUUUAACACUCACCAGGCAGACCCUGAAUGUUCUUGUUUUUUCAAUAUUUUUACAGUAUUUUACAGUCGUUUGUUGAUGUUAUUCCUCCUGUGUACGUCAAGUGUAUAUGAUGAAAUAUGAUAUUGAAAAUGUAAAAGGAAAAUAUGUUAUCCAUACUCUUUGUAAACAUCCAGGAUGUGUUGUAUAUAUAUAUAUAUAUAUAGCGCGCCAUCGGCUUAUAUUGUAGGAUAUAUGACGUAUAUAUAUUUACAAUAUAUUCAAACACACUAUUGUGAAGAUGCAUUAAUCAAAAAGUUUCUUCUUGUAAGUCUCAAAAAGCGCUACACGAUAAUCAUGUUGUUGUUGUUUUUCUUUUCUUACAUGGUGGUAAUAAUUCAGCACAAUAUGAGUAUUAUAGUGUAUCAAAGAUUAGUAAGUGAUCAGAGGGAUUAAAAAGAAGCUAGAGACAGAGACAGCGCAUGGUUGGCUCACAGCAUGACUUUAAAGGGAUCAGGGUUGUUGAGAUGCAUGAAACAGGUGGAGAAUGUAAUAAAAUAAGGCAGGAGGGAGGGAGGAGGGCGGCCUGGUUUGGUUUUGGUAGCCAUAAACGCCUCAUAGCAUUAGAUAGGCCUGUCACGAUAACACAUUUUUUAAGACGAUGUAUUUUCCCAGAAACUAUCAUGAUAAACGAUAGUGUCGUUGAUGUCGUUUUAGGACCAUUUUAUACCACUGAUAUACUGAUAUUAGAGCAUAAUAAUCCAAAACAUCCUUUUAAAUAUUAAAAUAUCCUACAAAAAUAAUUAAACUACAAUCAAAACAAAUAAAAUACACUCUCAAUCAUGAAAAUUAUCUCAUCCUUCGCUUUUCUACUAUCUUCCCAUCUUCACUUUUCCUUCUUUUACCUCGGUCUGGUUAUUUUUUUAAAAUAAAUUGUUGAUACUGUUGCCAUAGCAACACCUUUUAAACAGCAAUCAUCUUUAAAAUCUCAAUAUUAAACAUUGGAAUUGAAUUGUGGAAAAGACAUAUUAAAAUAUCCUACAUAAAUAAAACAUAAAUAAUUAAACUACAAUCAAAACAAAUAAAAUAGACUCUCAGGCUCUUUUUAAAAAAAAACGCAUUGAGAUUAAACAUUUUUAUCCAUCUUAUUUAUUUAAUUAUAUAAUUUUAUAUUACAAAUAACAUAAACAGCUGGAAUGGCUGCUUGGGAAACAUGUUUUUUUUGGGGCAAUUUGUACUGCCUGUAAAACAUUUCAACAAUACUUUAAACACAACACAAAAAAAUUUAUGUAAACGACGAUAUAUCGAAUCCAGAAAAAACGAUCGUGUCCAUUUAAUAUAUCGAACGAUAAGUCGAUAUAGUAAUUAUCGUGACAGGCCUAACAUUAGAGCCAUUUUCUACUCAGGCUUUUGAGCGGCUGCAGUGCCGGCGUCCGACCAGCAGGGGGAGCGUCACGUCUCAGCCAUAACCACACCUGCUGCACCUGCAGUCAAUAUGCAUGGCCUCUCACCUGGCAGGUGGGGUGGGGAUCUGCAGGGCUAAAUGACAAAAACACACCUGUUUGUAUUAAAUGUUUGUUUGUUUGUUUUUGGAGUGUGUGCAUGCUGCGGCUGCGCUGUCUGUCUGAUGCUUCUCUCAUCGUUUCCCACGUUGUUUACGCUCAGUGUGAACUUGUUUAUUUUUGGAGCACAUGAUUUAAUAUUCAGCGUCGUUGCCUCUAAAUCACGUUCUGCCUGCAGUUUUAGAGCUGAAAUGUUGAGUCGAUUAAUCGAUUAGUCGAUCGUCAGAAAGUUAUAUUUUAGUUUGAGUCACUUUUCAAGCAAAAAAGGCCAAAAUAUUUACUUUUUUCUCUGUCUGAUGUCACAGUAAAAUUCAUAUAUUUUAUGUUUUGGACAAUUUAAAAGACAUUUAUGAUUGUUUUUAACAACUUUCUGACAUUCUUUAUCAACUAAACGAUUAAUCGAUAUUUAAAAAUAAUCAGUUUUUAUCUCAUCCUCUGCUUUCUUCUCUUCCCAUCUUCGAAUUUUUUUUGUUGUUUUUUAAAGAAAAUGUUGAUAUUGUUGCCAUAGCGACACCUUUCACCACUGAUGUAACUCGCUCUGAAUUUAUUAUCAGACUGUUUAUAGAAGCCAGAGGGGGAAGAUUGUGUUCUGAUUCAUUCAUUUAAAUCACGUUAAUAUCAAUAUUUCAUACAUUUGAAAGCACUUCUCUGGUUUUAUUCUGGUAUCUCACAUUUAUUUAUUAUUUUUCACACUAUCACUUCUGUUUAUUUCUGACUGUAAAUCACCUUUCAAAUCCAUAACUGAAACGUUUGUAACUAGAAGGGCUCCGCAGACACCAGCCAAGGCCGUCCUUGAUCUCAGUGUUAACAAAAGUAAAAAAUUAUUUGUGUAAGCAUCCUCGUAGUAAAUGUUUCCUCCUCGGCCCUUGCUGCUCCAAACCAGGUUUGAGGAAAAUCGGGUGAGAAGUUUUUCCAUAAUCCUGCUGACAAACAAACAACAAAACAAACAAAACAUAAUCAACAUUUAGCACAAAUUUACACACCUGACAGAACAAUCUCACCACCCAGCAGCUGUUCUCUUCUGGAGCUUUUGAUCGUAUCAAAUGAUCUUCAUCAGCUGACAAAAUUAUCCAGUUUUUUAUCAAAAUUAUGUAAUUUUAAUUUCUUUUUUUGUUUUUUGCUCCUGACAACAAGUCGAUCAACAAGGAAAUUGAUUGUUCAUUAAUUUUUCAAAAAGAGAUGUCAAAACAUAUUCUGGUUCAAGCUCCACAAAUAUGAAGAUUUUCUGCUUUACUUAUAACAUAUAACAUAUAAGACAGUAAAUUAUUAUAUUUUGAUUUUUGGAGCAUUGGUCGGACAAAAGAUCUCACCUCCGUCUGUCAGAAAUUGCAUUUUUCACUAUAUAUACACUUUUGUUAUUAAUUGUUUAAUCAACAUAUUAUUCAACAAUAAAACCAGUAGAGAGCAGACCAAGUUCCAACUUUCAGGAGCGUUCACAUGAUUUUUUUAGUUUCAGAUUUCUAUUUAUACAUACGAACAUACUUUAAUACAUGAGGAAACAAAAUAUACCGUAAGGAAACAGUGCACAAGUUAAAAAACAUAGUUGAGAGAUCAUUUUCCCGAUUAUUCCGAUACUACAUGAAUGGAGCACAAAUAUCCUAUUUUGCAACGUUAACAAAAGGAAAAAAAACAUUCAUAUAUCUGCUACAGAUU